AAUUUCAAUGACAAAAAAUGAACCAUAUUUACUUGGUUAUACAUACCUAAUUUUUUUUUUCCCAAUUUUGAAAAACUACAUUCAUCCUCACUUACACAAAUUUGAUGAACAAAAUCUGAAUUCAAUCACUACUCCAAUAAUCUAAAAAUAAAAUAUACCACCACAUUGAACAGUACCAUAUUACAGUUUGGGGUUUAGUUUAGUUUAGUUUAGCUAUCGUUAGGGUUCAGAGUUGAAAUUGGGGGUUCGGUCCAAACUCCUACACCACACAGACACACUGUCUUCACAGUCCACUUUCACCUCACAGAGUUCAAACCUAGACUACCCACCCUCUCCGCGUAGCGUCGGACACCACGAUGAGUAGUAGUAGUUGGAGAACUCUUCUUCUACGGAUCGGCGAUAAGAGUCCCGAAUAUGGACCUUCUUCCGAUUUCAAAGACCACAUUGAAACUUGUUUCGGUGUUCUUCGCCGUGAGCUUGAACACUCCGAAACUGAGAUUUUGGAGUUCCUUCUUACAUGUGCUGAACAAUUGCCUCACAAGAUUCCUUUCUAUGGAACACUGAUUGGCUUGAUUAACUUGGAAAACGAGGACUUUGUGAAAAAACUGGUGGAUAAAACUCAAUCUAAAUUUCAGGAUGCCUUAGAUACUGGAAACUGCAACGGAAUUCGUAUUUUAUUGAGGCUGAUGACUGUUAUGAUGUGCAGUAAAGCUCUUCAACCAAGCUCUCUAGUGGAUGUCUUUGAAACAUUUUUAUCAUCAGCUGCCACAACAGUUGACGAGGAAAAAGGGAAUCCUUUAUGGCAGCCAUGUGCUGACUUUUACAUAGCUUGCAUUUUAUCAUGCCUCCCAUGGGGUGGGGCUGAACUUGUUGAGCAAAUUCCCGAAGAUAUUGAGAGAGUAAUGGUUGGUAUAGAAGCUUACUUGAGCAUCCGAAAGCAUACUUCUGACAAUGGUUUAUCCUUUUUUGAGAAUGUUGAUGAAAUUGAGAGAGAUCUUAAUAACAAGGAUUUUUUGGAGGACUUAUGGGAUAGAGUACAAGUUUUAUCAAGCAAUGGAUGGAAAGUUGAAAGUGUUCCAAGACCUCAUCUUUCCUUUGAAGCUCAGCUGGUUGCUGGGAAGUCCCAUGAAUUUGGGACAAUAAACUGCUCCAACUUACCAACCAUGUCGUCAGUUCCUUCCGAUGUAUCAUUUGGUAAAGAGAAGCAUGAGGCAGAAUUAAAGUAUCCUCAAAGAAUACGGCGGCUAAAUAUAUUUCCUUCAAGUAAAAUGGAGGAUAUGCAGCCUAUAGAUCGAUUUGUGGUGGAAGAGUAUCUCUUAGAUGUGCUUUUUUAUUUCAAUGGCAGUCGAAAGGAAUGUGCUUCUUUCAUGGUUGGCCUGCCGGUUACCUUCAGAUAUGAGUACCUCAUGGCUGAGACAAUAUUCUCUCAGCUGCUUAUGCUUCCGCAACCACCUUUCAAACCAGUGUAUUACACACUGGUUAUUAUUGACCUUUGUAAGGCUCUUCCUGGAGCUUUUCCUGCAGUUGUUGCUGGAGCAGUUCGUGCUCUCUUUGAAAAGAUUGCUGAUUUGGAUAUGGAGUGCCGAACACGACUAAUCCUUUGGUUCUCACACCAUUUAUCAAACUUUCAGUUCAUAUGGCCUUGGGAAGAGUGGGCUUAUGUGUUAGAUCUCCCUAGGUGGGCUCCUCAACGUGUCUUUGUUCAGGAGGUUUUGGAGAGGGAAGUUCGCUUGUCAUACUGGGACAAAGUCAAGCAGAGCAUUGAAAAUGCACCUGGUUUAGAAGAAUUGCUUCCUCCGAAGGGUGGACCAAAUUUCAAUCUUGGUGCAGAAAAUGGUAAAGAAAACAAUGAACAGCUGUUGUCUGGACAGCUCAACGAAAUGGUUAAAGGGAAGGCACCUGUCCGUGAAAUAAUCUCGUGGAUUGAAGAAAGCGUGUUUCCAAAUAAUAGUCUAGAAGUUACACUCAGAGUUGUCGUACAGACUCUUCUCAACAUUGGAUCCAAGAGUUUCACUCAUUUGAUAACUGUAUUAGAAAGAUAUGGGCAAGUAAUUUCAAAAAUAUGUCCUGACGAGGAUAAGCAAAUUAUGCUGAUUGCUGAAGUCGGUUCUUUCUGGAAGAGUAACACCCAAAUGACAGCAAUAGCAAUUGACCGAAUGAUGGGUUAUCGACUUGUAUCAAAUCUGGCUAUUGUGAGAUGGGUCUUCUCAGAAAAAAAUGUCGAGCAAUUUCACAUGUCAGAUCGUCCAUGGGAGGUCCUUAGAAAUGCAGUAAGCAAAACAUACAACCGAAUUUCUGAUCUAAGGAAAGAAAUAUUAUCUCUUAAAAGGAAUAUUUCUUCAGCUGAAGUAGCUGUCAAUGAGGCAAAAGCAGAGGUAGAUGCUGCAGCGUCAAAACUAGCACUUGUGGAUGGUGAACCAGUUAUUGGUGAAAAUCCUGCAAUGUUGAAUAGAUUGAAAUCACAUGCUGAAAAAGCACAGGAGGAGCUGGUAUCUAUUCAAGAAUCUGUAGAAGCUAAGGAAGCUCUUCUUGGCCGAGCAACUGAUGAAAAUGAGGCAUUGUUUCUCUUGUUGUUCAAAAGCUUCUCAAAUGUAUUGACUGAUCGCCUUCCCAAGGGAUCUGGAGCUAGAUCACUUCGUGAAUGGAAGUCUGCACAAGUUGAAGAUAUGGCAGUUGACCCGGAAGAACCGUCAACAAUGGAAUUAGACAAUGAGAAUCAGAUACCUCAAAACAGUCAGUCAAAUGGUGGGAAGAAAAAUGUUGCUUAUAAUGUAGGUGAAAAGGAGCAAUGGUGUAUCACUACUUUGAGUUAUGUGAAGGCCUUUUCUAGGCAGUACGCUUCUGAGAUAUGGGCCCAUAUUGAAAAGUUGGAUGCAGAGGUAUUAACAGAGGAUGCACCUCCCCUUUUUCGGUCAGCUGUUGGUUUUGGUCUUCGAAGACCAGUUAAUGAGGCUUGAUCAAAUAAUUUAUCUUUUGUCCUUUUUCUCAAAAUCAAUCUAAAUCUAUUCUUUGAUCUGAUGGCUAAGUGUUUCCUUAGUUGAUCCAAGGAAGAAUGUUGUAUGCUCUUGUGAUGUUGUUGAUCACAAGGUUUGUAUUAUUAGAAGUUUAGAUUCUGAUGGAACUUGAGCAGUGCCUCCAUGUAUAUUGUUGAUUUAAUCAUAGCUACUAAUUGACCUAAAUUUAUGGAAUGAAGCUGUGCACCACCUAUGGAGGUGCAUACCGGCAUGUGGAAAAAAAAGAAGAGCCCAAGUAAUUUUUGGUGUAUCCAUUGUGAUGAUUGCUAAACUUGUGUUUAUGUUCCAA